UUAAAGUAUAUUUUACGUGGAUUAGUGUGUGAGCAAAUCAAAUGAGUUAUAGUUAAUUUACAUGUACCACUUAAAGUCUGUAGAGCAAGAUUAUUCAUACAACUUCAAAUGAUCUAGCUAAACAAAAUAUCACCACAAAUAUACUUAAACACACACCAGGGGGGUAUUCCAGAAAGCAGGUUCAACAACCUCUGAGUCUAUCCCUGAACUCUGAGAUGACUUACCCUGAGAUGGGAAACUCUGGGUAUCCGGUUCCAGAACAGCUGAUCUGAGUUAGUUCAAUCAUCUCUGAGUAUGUCAGCCUCGGGUUACGCGCGUGCACAACCACUAUAAAAAGCCAUCAUCAAUGGAGCCCCGAUUCCACGAGUCACCAUGACAACGGAAAAAAAACAAAGAUCGACCUAUUUCACCGCGGUAGAGUUGGAGAUACUCAUGCAGUCCUACGGCGAGUAUGAGCACAUAUUUCGCCGAAAAAGUAACACGGCUGCAGCAGCGAAGGAGAGAGAGACUGCAUGGGAGAAAAUUGCUGCCCGAGUCAACGCGUGCAAUCCAACAGGAGAAAGGAGGACUUGGAGGCAGUUAAAAAUGAAACAUAAAAACAUUAUUCAAAAAGCCAACAGAAAGAAGGCAGAGGCCCGAAAAACGGGUGGAGGGCCACCUCCACCACCUCUGACAGAGGCUGAGGAGCUGGCCCUCAGCCAAAACAGGGGUCGGCCUGUGGCUGAGGGCAUCCCCGGGGGAAGCUCAUCUGAGCCGGUCAUCCCCCAGGACACAAGUGCCUACAUCAGAUUUGUGGAUGGUGUGAUCUGCCUGGCCCAGCCUCCGACAGAAGCAAUUGCUAACCCUGCAGCUGAGGAGGAGGAGGCGGAGGAGGAGGAUGAUGAUGAGGAAACUCUGUCUGCUGCCACAGGGAGAGAUCCGGAGGGGCCUACUGAAAACAUGGCUGGGCAUCACCAAGAGGAGGGCCCCUCAACUUCACGAGCACAGCUUGACACAUUGCCGGUGAAAGAGUUGUACAGGCUUCACCUCAUCAAAAGCAUACAAAAGAAUGACCGAGAAAUGGUAUACCUGGAUGGGCAAAUCAGGAAAACUGAUUUAGAAAUCCUAUUACUUGAACGCCAGUUGAGGUGGGUGCAUUGUCAUGGUGAAAUAGGUGAAUAUGUGAAAUAUGUUAAUGGUUGCAACUAUAUUACAAAUCCUGACUGAUGCUUUUGUACUUUUAGGGAAUAAAGAAGAACCAAAUUACAUGUGAAUUUUCAUUUUUAAUCAAAAGUGAUUUCGGGCGAUGAGGUCUCUUAUUGCCCUUCCAUCCUGAACAUCCACAGGGAUGUGAUGUUCAUCCUCAGC